CGUCCCUCAGAUAAUUACUGUUUAUCAUACAUAUAUAAACGCUUACUUAAAUUCCCACCUUGUAUGACGCCCUAUAUGUAGCUUUAUAUCGCCUUUAUUUGAGGUAGGAUUACUUCCGUUCAGGCCAUUAACAUUUUCUUACACAUGAGAUGGGAUGGAGAGGACACGAAUGAACCCUUUUCUAAAAUAUUAAAUAUUUAUGUUAAAAAAAGGAGGGCUCAUUUGUUACAGUAUUGAUGGUAAACAAAUCUGUUCCAGACGGCAAAUCCAUUUUACGUCUGAAGUCUUUGUUUAUCUUCACACAUUAGGCCUGCUAGUUCUCAUAUUGCAGUAAGUGUUGAUUGUGCAUUUCGUAUUAACUGGCUGACGCUAAGGACUAUAAUGUAACAAUAUUACAUUACAAUGAAAAGGGGGUCUGCAUGAUCGGUAGCCUGUCGUGUCUCUCCGUCUUCGGCCGUAACCCAGUGCGCGUGCACGUUCAGGCGUGAAUAUCAUAAUAGUCUGGACAACCGUCUGGUCAGACAGUCUGCAACUCGGGAAGCAAAUAGGAGGGGCAUGUAGGGAUACCACAGGAAUGAUAGAGUGAACCCGCAUACUCCACAUCCGCAUUUACGGAUUAUUCUUGUGAAUGUCGUUUAACUGGAAAACAUCAUCGCAUAUAGAAGCGUGGGUGCAUCUGAUCUAAUCUACAUGUUUCGGGGUUUUUUUUUCCAAAGUUACAGUAGCCAGUGUAUCCAUGACUGUUGACAUCCAGUUUACACGCGGAGCACAUGAUGGAUCUUAAGCGACCUUCUUAGUAAAACGGAAGUCUCUCUCCAUUCCAAACUAAAGAUGCUGGAAGACUUGAGUGGGACACACACUAAACUAGCCACCCACAAAUCAGCAUCUUUCAGCUUCGGCGCACUAGCAUCGCUGCCACACUGCUUCCACAUGGACGGGAGGAGUCAUCCAAUCAGGAGGACUCUCUACCGGCUGAAGUUGGUGAGCUCACCAAACCUGAGUCAGCUGGGCAAGAAUGAUAAGGCGUCUCUGGAGGAGCGAGGAUCAGGACCAAACGCCACAUGGAACAGCAUUCACAAUGCAGUUAUUGGAGUAUUCCAGAAGAAGGGGCUGGCAGACAAUGAGCUCUAUACACUUAACGAAGGUGUGAGGCAGCUCCUGAAAACUGAAUUAGGCUCCUUUUUCACUGAGUAUCUGCAGAAUCAGCUGCUGACAAAAGGCAUGGUCAUUCUGAGGGACAAAAUAAGAUUCUAUGAAGGUCAGAAAUUACUCGACUCACUGGCUGAGACCUGGGACUUCUUCUUUUGUGAUGUUCUGUCAAUGCUACAGGCCAUCUUUCACCCAGUGCAGGGGAAGGAACCAUCGGUACGUCAGUUGGCCCUGCUUCUCUUCCGGAACACCAUUGCCCUGAACAUGAAGCUGGAGGAGGCCCUGUCCCGGCCACGUGCUCGUGUCCCUCCCUCCAUCAUCCAGAUGCUUCUGGUCCUGCAGGGUGUUCACGAGUCCCGAGCUGUGACUGAGGAGUACCUGAAGCUGGAGUCACUCAUUCAGAAGGUGGUGAUGCCUUACCUGGGUACGCAGGGGCUGUGUUCCCAUGACUGUGAUGCCACCCAGUGCUCCUGUGUUGCUGAAAAGAAUUUGCAGUGGUGCUGGUCCAAACCUGAGGACAUGCCUGCCACUAAUCCAGUGGUGCGCUCCAAGAGCUACAACAUCCCCAUGCUGACCCCUGUGGCUGAAUAUGACUCUGAGGCCAGCUCAGUGGGUAGCGUGGGCAUCCGACGCCACUCUGCCUGCGAAGUCACUUCCUGCCUGGAGCAGCAGGGCUACUCCUCGCUUUCUGUUGGCAUAGAGACGAACUCCACCCCCCGGCUGUCUAUGGACCAUGAACUCACCUUGCCCGGGGUGAUUCGAGGAGCCGUAGGGCAUCCUGCCCUCAUCUUGCCUUCCAUCUUUGUCCAUAAUUCAGCAGGGCCUGUACACACUGCUGCCUCUCACACAGCCACCUCUGAGAUUGACAAGGCCCUGUCCUCACCCACAAGCUGCUCCUCCAGCCCAGAGACAAUUGUUAUGCAGGGUGUGGACUCACUGGAGUCAGAUCAAGAGGGGAUAUUCAUCGACUUCUCUCAUUGUCGCUCUGAUUCGUUCGGAACCAGCAGGAAGACCAGCUGAUUACAUAGCCAAGGUGAACAUUCUAAAUAUCAUUAUGUGGCUUAAACUAUAGCCAGCAAUGGAAUGAAUUCUGAAUGCAACAACUGAACUCAGCAUUGCAUAAGAUUCCCUAAUGGGAUUGCAUUCAUAUAUAAAUAAAUACUGUGCUUUCUCAAAACUGGAACUGGAGAUAAACUCCAGUAUUCAAACUCUUGUUUCAAAAGCCUCAGUUUGGCAAAUUGAGACGGAUUUAUUUUUAUCUUCUUGCUUUUAUAAGCUGUACUAUACCUGUGGAUGUACUGUAUGUUUUGGGUUCUAUUUCUACUUUGUUUCUUUCAUAGGUACAUAUUAUAAGAGAGCUUAAUUAUGGAGAAGUUAAAUUGCUUAGACAGUUCUCCACAGAUAUAGGUAUAAACUGCGAUUAUGAAACCUGUAUCAAAUCUCUGACUGCUCUGGACCCUUUCGACCACAAUUUAUUUAAGUCAUUUAAAAACCUAAUCAGGUGUGGUGCAGUCGUAGUGGUUAAGCAUUAGACUUCAUCAUUUGAAGAGGCUUACAGCUUGGGGUAAAUUAU